GUCAACGCCUUACGAGACGCGUCUGGUUCUUGAAAGCAAGUUCUGCGUUAUUUCAUCAUCAAUCAAAGUCGCCAUUUUAUUUUUAUUUAAAGUCUCACGUCACGGAAUUAUCUCUCUGAAUUCAUCAUCUUCAUCAUUACCUUCUUUUUCUCAAUCUCGAUUGUUUUCUUCCAAAUUCAUGUCGAUGAUGGCGGGUAUACAAGGCCAGAUUCUCGAGGUCACUGUUGUUGGGUGCCAGAAAUUGAAAGACACGGAAUGGUUUUCAAGACAAGAUCCAUACGUCGUCCUUGAGUAUGGUGGCAGAAGUCACCGUACCAGAACCUGCACAGAUGGUGGAAAGAACGCUGUUUUCCAAGAGAAGUUUAUCUUCACUUUGAUUGAAGGGCUUAGGGAUCUUAAGGUUGCUGUCUGGAAUAGCAACACUCUCUCCACUGAUGACUUCAUUGGCAAUGCAACGAUUCAAUUGCAGAAAGUUCUUUCUCAGGAAUACGACGACUGUACCUGGACUUUGCAGAGUAAAACUGGGAGAUUCGCUGGAGAAGUACAACUCCUACUGCAUUAUGCGGGAGCAAAGAAACAUAAUUACGGGUCUGCGCCAUCAGCACCGUAUGCACCUCACGUACCUCAAUACUCAGCACCGCCUUCUGCAUCUCCGUAUUCAACAGCACCACCAUACUCUGGACCAUCUCUAUACCCACAAGUACAACAAUACCCUCAGCCAUCAGGAUACCCUCCAGCUUCAGGGUAUCCUCCUCAGCCAUCUGCCUAUCCACCUCCCUCAACCUCGGGCUACCCUCCGAUCCCUUCAGCUUACCCACCUCCUCCGCCAUCCUCAGCUUACCCUCCUCAACCAUACCCUCCGCAACCAUCAUAUUACCCACAAGGUCCAUAUCCAGGACAAUACCCACCUCCUCCAUACUAGAGCGUUUGGCGUUUAGAAUUUGACGGGAAGUGGUCAUGAUGUAUAGAUUAUAGUUAUGGUGUUUUCUAGAAUUUGGCAGACGAAUUUCUUUGUUUUGUUUUUUUUAUAUCAUCUUCCUUGUGCUAUUGCUAGCGUGAUGGUUAAUUUUUGAGUUGGUCAGUGAAACUUAUUGAGAAGUUUGGAUCUUUUCAUGUUUAACCAGAUCGCAGAUUAUAUUGAAUUAUUACUCUAAAUCCUUGGUUUUGUGUGUUCAUCAUCCUCUUGAGUUAAAAUUAUGUUAAAAACAAAAAAAGGUUUUGGUUCUGUCUUUAACUUUAAGAAACGGAACUUAUCGGCGUAUAAUCAUCGCACUUGUGAUCAGAUGCAAUUAGAAAAAGGUUAUUUGGUCAAUGUAUAGCAAUAUCUUUAGGUUCUAACAAAAACAUUAUUGUUGACAAAUAGCCCAAAAGUAGUAGAAUUUAGCCGACAGAUUUUACUGCACUUUGGUUUCUCGAUCUCUACUCCA